GAAGAAAAUAUUACAAAAACAGAAAAACUACAUUUGGAAAAAUGGAAAAUAUUAUUUCGUUAAUAGUAGAAUACUCAGUUGGUCCAAUCGGAAAACAGUUUGGCUAUCUUGUUUUCUACAAGAGCAGUAUCGUAACUCUUGAAGAGAAAUUUCAGAGGGUACUUGAGAAGAAGGAGGCAGUGCAACAAUCUGUUAAUGGAGCCCAAUGGAAUCAAGAAGUAGUCGCAAGUGAAGUUAAGACUUGGCUGACAAAUGUGGAUAAAAAAAUUGAAGAAAUCCAGAAAUUCCUUGGAGAAGAUGUGAAAGCUAAUAGGAUGUGCUUGAAUGGUUGGUGUCCGGAUCUGAAGCUAUGCUAUUCCUUAGGUAAGAAAGCUCAGAAGAAUACUCAAGCUAUCAUUCAGAUGCUAGAAGAAGGUGAAAAAUAUGAUAGGGUGUACAACAUUGCACCUCCAUUGAAAGUAAGACCAUCAUCCACAGAACGGUUUAAGGAUUUUGAAUCACGAAAAUCAACUAUUCAAAAUGUUUUGAAUGCUCUAAAGAAUGACAAUAUCGACAUGAUUGCAUUAUGCGGUAUGGGAGGGAUGGGCAAGACAAAAAUGGCCAAAGAGAUUAAGAGAAGAGUGGAAUCUGAUAAUUUAUUCCAUAAAGUUGCCAUUACGGUGGUGUCUCAAAAUCCAAACUUCAUAAAAAUUCAAGGCGAACUUGCAGAAUCGCUAGGUACGAGACUUGAAGCAAAAAGUUUACAGGGAAGAGCAGAUGAAUUAUAUUCAAUAUUGACUGAAAAUAAGAAAGUCCUUUUGAUAUUGGAUGAUGUUUGGAAACCACUUGAUAAUGAGGAUAUUGAGGAUAUUGGAGUUUACUAUGCAUUUAAAGAAAAGAGCUGCAAAAUCUUGUUGACGUCAAGAAACGAAGAACCUUGCAAUGGGAUAGAAAUUCAGGAGACUUUUCGAGUUGACCUUUUAUCUGAAGAAGAAGCGUGGAAUCUUUUUGUAGAGAUGGCAGGUGAUUUUGUCAAUAGCUCCGAUCUAAUCUCAAUUGCAAAACAGGUUGCGAAGGAAUGUGCAGGUUCACCCCUUGCCAUUGCAACAGUUGGAGGUGCUCUUAGCAACAAAAGCGAUAAAAAUGAGUGGAAAGCCGCACUUCAGCAACUUAAAAUGUCUAUCCCACAAAAUAUCAAUGGUCUUCGGCUAAAGGUAUAUUCCAACAUAGAGUUCAGUUACAAUUACUUAGAAAGUGACGAAGCCAAAUCAUGCUUUUUGCUAUGUUGUUUGUAUCCCGAAGAUUAUGAUGUUCGGAUUGAAGAUUUAGUCAGGUAUGGAGUUGCAAAAAGGUUUCUUGAAGGCAUAGGUACUGUGGAACAAACAAGGGUACUUGUCCACACAAUAGUUAAGAAUCUUAGAAGAUCAAAUCUCUUGUUGGAUAGCGACGAGGACGAAUGCAUCAAAAUGCAUGAUCUUGUACGAGAUGUUGCCAUAUCAAUUGCAUCGAGAGACGAAAAUGGUUUUAUGGUAGUGUUGCACAGAAGACUUGAAGAAUGGCCACAAAAGGAUAGAUAUGACAGUUACACCGCAAUUUCUCUUUUACUUGGAGAAAUGAAAUGGCAUCCUACUGAGUUGAAGUGUCCCAAACUUCAGCUUUUGCGACUAUCAUGUUUGAACUAUUCAAACACGUUCCCAGACAAUUUAUUUGAUGGGAUGAAGGAGUUGAAGAUGUUGUCUUUGCGAACAUCCUUGUCGACAUUGCCACCAUCAAUCAUGAUCCUCCAGAACCUUCAAAUGUUGAAUCUGGAGAAUUGUGAGUUAGGAGAUGUGUCGGCAAUUGGAACCCUUGGAAACCUAGAAAUUCUUAGCUUUCGUGAUUCCAAGAUCAAUGAGCUACCUUCGGAAAUAGGAAAUCUUAGUCGAUUAAAGUUACUUGAUAUGAAGGAAUGUCAUUAUUUAAAUUUUAUUGCAGCUGGUGUAUUAUCCGGUUUAUCUCGACUAGAAGAAUUGUACAUGGGAGGACCAUUCGAGGAUUGGGGAUGUACGACUGCGAUGGAAGGAUAUGGAGAAGAAACAAAUGAUAAUGCAAGUCUUGCUGAGUUAAUUCCUUAUUCCAGUCAACUGGUGGUUUUAGAAAUCAGUGUGCCAAGUAUCUUGUGCUUGCCAGAAGAAUUGGAUUUCAGUAACUCCAAUUUCAGAUUUAUGAUAAAUAUUGGUGUAAAAGAUUGGACAAAUGAGAGAUAUUUAUUUGAAAAUACGUUGAAACUUGAAGUGGAGGAUGCAAGUGAUCUUGGGGAACACCGAACAAUUCGUUCACUAUUGAAGAAUGCUGUAGUUUUGAAUUUGGAUAUUACAAGAAAUUUGAAACAUAUUUGGUUUGAGAAAGAGGAAAAGGAAAUUUUACCAUGCAGCUUGAAGGAUCUAACAAUUAGUAAAUGUGAAGAUUUAGAAAAUCUACUCGAAGCCACAUCGGAUAGUACUCCACCUAAUACCUUCCAUCUCCUGGAGUCACUAUCAUUAGAGGACUUACCAAGGCUCAUUGGCAUCUGUAAUUCCACGGAUUCAGUUGAGAUUACAUUGACAAAGGAAGAGGAGCAAAAUGUGAGUGAGACUGAAAAUCAAGCAAAGAUGUUGUCUCUGUUUCAAUACAACUUGAUUGAAAGUUUGGAGAAUCUAGAAGAACUUUCUAUACAUCGAUGUGAUUCAUUGGAAGUGAUAUUUGAACUUGAGGAACUAAAUGCUGAAGAAAGCAAUAUCUUCAAUAAUUUGACAGUAUUGUCAUUAAUAUAUUUACCGAAGCUAUUGCAUAUAUGGAAGAAAGACCCACGAGAUAUUAAGGGAUUUAAUUACUUGAGAUUGCUACGAGUAUGGGAAUGUGGUAGUUUGAAAUGUUUGUUCACACCAUCCAUAGCAAAACUUCUCGUGAAACUAGAGGAAAUAGAAGUAUAUAGUUGCAAUGAAAUGGAAGAAAUCCUUGCAAAAGAAUUGGGAGAUGAAGAGAAUAGAGAUGUGAUUGCAUUCCCCCUAGUGAAGACCCUCAAGCUCGGGAAUUUAUCAAAGUUGGAGUGUUUUUACACCGAAGAUAAUCAUGCUUUUGAGUGGCCAUCUCUGGAUAAAAUAACAAUAGUUGGAUGCCCCAAAUUAAAAAUGCUUGCUUCGACAAGUACAAAAACACCUAAGCUAAAAGGAGUGCAUAUGAAGUUCAGAACUUUUCAUCCAAUGGUAGAAGGAGACCUCAAUGCCACCAUACAACACAUUAUCAAAGGAGAGGGGUUGAAUCAAUUUUCUUCUCCACCUUUUUACGAUAUACGGAGUUACGAAGCAGGGUACGAUGAAGAUGUUUUUGAUUUUUAGAGGUCAUGGAAGUUCCAAGUCUCCAUAUACAUUGGGCACUGAAUAUUAUGCACAUGAGCAACACAUGGAGGCACUUUCCGUAACAUUUGAUGCUGCUGGUAGACAGAAGGGAGGAAUUGAUAAGUUUUGAAAAUAAGCAGGUCCACUUUGAUACAAUUAAUAGUUUUGGAGGCACAUUGUGAAUUGAGUGAGAGUUUGAGGAGGCAAAGUGUAAUUAACCCUAUUAUUUCUGUUUUGGAAUUUGAAAAAGUUAAAUUGUUCAUUUUAUUUUGUAUGAGAUAAGUU